UCUCUAAUUAUUUAUUAAUCUGAAAACACACACUCACGCAGUAGAAGGAAAUUGGACGAAAUGGUUCGAGGCGGAGGAGGAGCGAAGAAGGAGAAGGAAGAGAAUGCGGAGGCGGAAGAAAGGAAGAGACUGAAGAAAUUGGCGUUUAAAAAUAAUAUACUUUCCGAAACGCAGGCGACGGCGAGUGGCUCCAACGCUCUGAACCCUUCGGCGACUGUGGUCAAGCACCAUGGCAAAGAUAUCAUGAGGAAAUCGCAGCGGAGUGGCAAGAAUCGUUAUUUAUUCUCAUUUCCUGGGCUUUUAGGUCCAGUUUCUGGUGGAAAGGUUGGGGAACUCAAAGACCUCGGCACUAAGAAUCCUGUUCUUUACCUCGAUUUUCCCCAGGGUCAAAUGAAGUUAUUUGGUACAAUUGUGUAUCCAAAGAACAGGUACCUGACUCUUCAAUUCUCGAAAACUGGAAAGAAUGUGACAUGUGAAGACUACUUUGAUAACAUGAUUGUGUUCUCUGAUGCUUGGUGGAUUGGGAAAAAGGAUGAAAAUCCUGAAGAAGUACGUCUAGAAUUUCCAAAGGAGAUGGAUGUGGAACAGGUGCAAAACUAUGAUUUUAAAGGUGGUGCAGGUGGGCCAAGUGAUAGCAAGCGAGAUAGCAUUAAAACAGCUAAGAAAGUUGUUGAGCAGCCAUCUCCUAAAUUUGAGCUGGAAGAAGAUUCCUCUGACAGUCAACAUAAACCUAAAGAAGUUCUUGAACUCACUCCAUCUCGGAAGUCAGCUAGGACAGAUUCCUCUGACAGUCAAAAUAAACCAAAAGAAGUUCUUGAACUCACUCCAUCUCGGAAGUCAGCUAGGACAGCGGGAAAGACAUUCAAGUUUGCUGAGUCUUCUUCUGGAGAUGACAUUGCUGAUGGUUUGGGGGAGACCUCAGGAGAUGAUUUUGUUAAUAACGGGCUAGAAAGCUCAGAAGGAGAUGGGGACAACGUUGCUAAAGAGACUGGAAAGUCUUGCCAUGUGGUACUUGACCUUGAUAAGGAAGAUGCUGAAACAGACGCUCCAGUCCCAAAGAAAAGAAAACAAAGUGCAAAAUCAGCUUCAAAAACUAAAGAGCUUGCUCAUAGUAAUCAGGGUUCUCUGGUUCAAAAGACCAUAUCAUCCUUAUUCAAGAAAGCAGGGGAAAAGGUUGUGCAUACAGAUGCGAAUGAGAAGAUAGAUAAUGUCAAGAUUUCCAGGCCCUCGAAAAAGGGGAAACCAGUAGGCAAAAGAAAAGAUGGAACAGAAAGUUCAGCAAGGAAGAAAAAAAUGAAGGUUCAGGUUGAAGAUGAUGAUAUUGAGGAGUUCACUAGCACAUCGCAGGAUAUGAUUUCAAGUGAUGAAGACUGGACUACUUAACAACAGUGAUGUGAUGACAGCCGCAGUAGUUGUCAAAACAAAUUUCUACUCGGAUAUAAGUCGAUCUGUGAAUUCCCCCAGUUGAAUGUCCAAGAAAUGAGAUUGCUUACUUCUCUUGGUGAUGGAUUAAUUGGUAAUGCUUGAUGUCAAUUCUUUUUCUUUCAUUGUAAGGAAUGUAAUGCAGAAUUGAGAAAAAUGAUGGGAGGUUGGCGCAGAAUUUGUGACUCCUUCCCCUUUUUAUUUGCCAUGUAGGACAGUUCAUAGAAACUUCAAAAGCUAUUGGUUGUAUACUUGAGUAGUAGUUCAAUUUGGAUACUUGAAAUGAUACUGCGAGGAAAUUCUUGCGACUCCUAUUAAAAGAAAGAUGCUAGAUCGGCACUUUUAUUUAACCCAACUUUUGUUGAGUUGAUCUGUUUCUCAUCUCUGCUCGACCCGCAAGUUCUCAUCUCAAUUCAGGGAACAGUGUGCACGAAAGAAUAUAUGCAGAAAGGUUCACAAAAAGGGAAACAUCUCAUCUCUGAUAUUCCCAUUAAAUACUGCUUUAUUACAUCGUCUUGCUAUAACCACGGAAACGAAGAGGAAAAAAUGAAAAAAAAAAAA